AUGGCUCAACUUCCCCCGAAGUAUUUCGGCCACUCUCGGGGACCGGUCGAAGAUAUACGUCGGUAUUGCAAAGGCGGCUUCCACCCCAUCCACAUCGGCGACACUCUGCGCGGCCGGUUCAAGGUUGUCGACAAGCUCGGCCAUGGACGGCGGGCGACCGUAUGGCUUUGCCGCGACCUUCAACUCGAGAAAUGGGUAGCCAUCAAAGUCUUGGCUUCUUUCGAGUCGGCCAUAAGCUGCGCCGACCUGAUGCUUCCAAACCACUUCAGAGUUCCAGCGCCCAAGCCAGAGCUCGAAUAUUUCUGCUUUCUCCUCGAGCACUUCUGGGCAACGGGACCCAACGGCGCCCACAUCUGCAUCGUCCUGCCCCUUCUUGGCCCCAGCAUAGCCCACGCGACCGACUACUUCUUCGACCAACCAUUCGUUCUGAAGAGCGUCUGUCGACAGAUGGCGUUGGCAAUGCACCUGCUGCACAGCAGGAACAUAUGUCACGGC